GUAUGGCGGCUAUCAUAAGAGUGAAGAGAAAGCGAGACGAAGAUCCAGCAGAAGCUUUGAUUCUCGCCUGCAAGAAGCGACGGGAUGACGAACCCAAGACAGAUACUUCUAGCAGUCCUGAAAUUACAGAAGUUUUGAAAUUUGCUGGCACUAUCCCUUCAAAGGAUGUCAGUGUGUCUUCUAAGAUUAGAGAUGCCAUACGCAAAGAGAAAUUACAGAGGGAAUACAAAAGACAUUCAACUGACAUACAUAACAGAACGCGACAACAUGUGCGAGCUCGUUCAGGGAGAAACCGCUACCAGGUCAUCACCAGUCACAGAGCCAUUCUCCUGGACUCCUUAGAUGACGUGGAUGAGUGUAAUGAAGAGCACACGGCUGUGGACACUGACAAAACCAGGUGUGUGACUGGCUGCACAGAAGUAUUAGCAGUGUCACAAGCUGCAGCUUCCAGGAAUAAGGUCUCUGCUGUUGGUGCUGAAGGUUGUGUAUCAGAUGUUACUGAGCUAAAGUCAGAGAGGGUGUUCUGUCUGUAUGAUGUGGAAAAUGUGCGUUCAGAAAAUGGUGACAUAUCAGUACAGCCAGCCUUACCUACCAGUGACUUGGGUGAGGUUACGUGUAAUGACAUGCCAAUGAUCCGUGAGCGUGUGCAGACCACGAGAGAGCCUGAGAACGCCAUGGCAGCAUCACAUGGGGCCGACUUUGUUUACGACCUUUACUACACUAACAGAGAGGGGUUUGACUUCCAAGCUCUGGAGAGAAUCCUGCGGAUUGAGGCGUGUGGGGAAGGUGAUCUCCAGGCCGAGUUGGUUGAUGAUGUUGAUGAAGAGGUGUACGAGGAUGACGAUGACAGCAAUGAUGAAGGCAACUGGAGAAAUGAUUACCCAGAUGAGGACCCCGACUUCUACGAGAAUGAAGAGGAUGACUUCCUUAAUGAUGAUGGCCUGAACCAGGACCAUAUGUUGAUGGAGAACGGGUACAGCUUGGAGGAUUACAUGGCAUCCAGAUGUAAUUUAGAAGAUGCUGAAGAUCUGUCCAGUGAUGAUGAUGAGGAGGAAGAUGGGUGUGUCCAGGGGCCGACAACACAGAGGUCGUAUGACUCCUACCUGAGAAGUGUGAAGAGAGAGCUGGGAGGAAGCAGAGAUGGAUGUAAAACCUGAUGUCCUCUAUAACAUACUCUACCAAAACGUCUUUCAUCAAACAGAGCCAAUUAGUCAGCAGUAAUGACAAAUUCCAUCUCAGUGCUGGUCCCUUGACAUACCUGAAAAGGAAAGCAGUGCUUUCUUGUGCCACUGUGGUUACUAGUGCUUCCUUGUGUCACUGUAGCUACUAGUGCUUUCUUGUGUCACUGUGGUUACUAGUGCCUUCUUGUGUCACUGUGGUUACUAGUGCUUUCUUGUGUCACUGUGGUUACUAGUGCUUUCUUGUGUCACUGUAGUUACUAGUGAAACACAUGUACAUAAUCUUUUGCAUUGUUUUUUUACUUACAUGAAAACAUUUAGGUGCAUUUAUACCACUUUCCUUGAACAAGAAUGCUUGUCUUUGAUAAGUGUGACCUUUAUUGCAAGAUUUUUGUAAGUUUUACAAACACAUUAUAUUAUGCUGCAGAAAGACCCCAGGCUACCUGGCUUUUGCAUGUGGAAUAUUUUAUAUCAGAUUUCAUUUCCUGGAGCAUCCUUUGUCACUUAUGAGGUAAACGCAGUAUCCCAAGAAAGACUUUUAAGUCACUAAUCCCAAGGUUCCUGGCUCCCAAGGAAGACUUUGGAGUCACUAAUCCCAAGGUUCCUGGCUCCCAAGGAAGACUUUGGAGUCACUAAUCCCAAGGUUCCUGGCUUCAGUGGGAAGAUCUGUGAACAACUUCCGGAUGAUUGUGGGUUUCCCCUGGGCUCUGCCCGGUUUCCUCCUUCCAUAAUGCAGGCCGUCAUUGUAUAAGUGAAAUAUUAUUGAGUAUGGAGUAAAACACCAAUCAAACAAAUAAAUAAAUGUAAACUAUUUUUGUAAAUACAGCCUGGGGCCUAUUUCUCACUGUAAGCAAAACUUGUUACAGUUAACUAAUGUGUCGAUGUGUUACUCCCUACACUAGCUGACAUGGAAGUGACUUGCAAGGUAAUGUUACUUUCUCAAAUGGGGUCUGUCAGCCCUGUACAAAGGGAAGCAAAUCGUGUAACUGAUAAAACAGCAGUGCCCUCUACCAUAAUAAUAACAAUACCACUGAAUUCAAUACCAACAACAGUAAUCAUGAAUGAAAGCUGACCUUGUUAUUCAAAUAAAUUGAGUGCACUGCUGUUUUAUCAGUUACAAGAUUUGCUUCCCUUUGUGGAAGGCUGGCAAACCCCAUUGUGAAUACAGACUUUAAUGGGGUAUAUUUAUCUGUAUCAGGAGAUAUCAAGCAAAUGUAUCCAUGUAACAGUUGAAGUUCAGCGUAAUAUACAAGCAUAUUUUCCAUCAACAUCAUGUCUGCAAGUGACACAUGGAAUUUUUUCCAGUAACUUGCCAAGGAUAGUCCAGAUGGACCCAGGCGUUCCAAGUUUUCCAGUAACUUGCCAAAGAUAGCCCAGAUUGACCAAGGUGUUCCAAGUUCCUGCACAAAGAAAACUGGUCGCCUUUAUAUAAGUGACAAGAUCCUGAGUGGGAUGUUGAUCACCAGAACAGUCAGAAUUGGGUAAAUAAAUACAGACCUAAUUUGCUCAAGUUGA